AUGAGUGGCAACCCUGGAUAAAUAUAGCCUCUUCCGUUCUAGAAGUCAAUGCGGAAUUUUUACACAAACGAAACUAAAGAAACUACAAAUACAGGGAAUCUCCAUUUAUUACUGGUCACUGAAUGACUAAUGUCUCUGUUCCAGAGAUGAUAGAGACAAACUGACAUGGUAGAGAUCAAUCCUUAAGGAUUUGACAUUUGUAAGGAGAUAAGCCGGAUAAGCUAUGGCCCAGAGUAAGUUUCCGAGCCGUCUGGAUUCUCAGGUCUCCGUGGAUGCCCAGCCGUCCAAUGUGUUCAGUUCCAUGCCCUCCUUCCCAUCCGGAGGUACACGCGGAUUUUCAUUUGAAACAGCCGAUUCCUUCAAUGAUUCUAAUCGUCAGGAGAUGCAGAGGUUGAUUGACCAGUAUUAUGACAGAAUGCCGUCGGACGUAAAGAUCGGCUAUUAUGACGUGAUGAUUCUGUAUGCAGAGGAUGACAGAGAACUGGCCACCAAGUAUCGGGAUCACUUAAUGAAAGACAUCUUGUUGGAGGGGGGACGCCAUGUAAAGGCUGUUCUGUACGAUGAUGAAGAACUUGUCUCCAUCGCAGGGGGCAAACUGAAAAGCCUGGAAUAUGGAUUUGAGAGAUGUACAUUUGCCUUUAUUUAUCUCACAAAGUCGUUCUGUCAGUGUGAGUGGUCUACCCUUUCCAGUGAGGAAUGUCUGAUGGAGUCUAUAUAUAACCCCGAGAAAAAAUGGUGUGUGGUCCCAGUGUACACUGUAUCCAGAUCGAAAGCCAACUUUAAAAUCCCCAUGGGACUGAACUCGUUAAAGGGAGUGAAUUACUACAAUGAUGAUGAUUUUUAUCGAAGAGGACUUCGACGAUUAAUCGGUGAUAAAGUUAUGGUUAGGCUUGCAAAAAAUCGUGAACAUUUCAGAAAACAAUACAACUAUGCCUGUCAAUUAAGGAAUGAUGACAUGGUAAAGAGGAAGUAUGAGGAAGACCUACAUCGAUACCAAGAAAUGAAACGAAAAGAGUUAGAACUCCUACAGGAACGAAAAAUGGCACAAAGGGCAACUGCAGCGGAAAAUACAGACAGACCCUCAGAUGCAGAUGUAAUAAAUCAGCAGGGAAAAUUGCUGGAAAAGUAUCAGAACAGCGGUGAAGUGAUUUAUCAGAAGAAAUAUCCAGUGGAGUCAUUGGAUAGGGGCAAUGUAAAACCCGGUGAACAAGACGAAAGGUAUUCACUCAAUAAACCAAAGUUACAAGAAAAGCCUGGCAAGAGCCCUGUACUGAAUAACCAAGCUGUGCAGGGUAGCUCUCCGGUAGACAUUAACGACACUUCUGACUAUGUCUGUGUGGCUACCCCAAAGGACGAGGUGAAGGUCAUAGGGAAGGAGGUUGUUGUGAAGCAUGUGAUGCAUUACCAUUACUACCCGAAGGGUCCCAGCCAAGUCACAAAGAACUACAACAUUUACAAAGCUGGUAACGUAGCUAUUGGAGAUAACGCUACCAUUGUGUCAUCAAACGAGACAGAAUAUGUACAUGAUGAGGAGGAGGAAAAAGAAAAUGAAUCUAUACACAGCGGGAGGACAUCGAUUAGAAGUACCAGUAUGGAUGCAGCUCCAAGUUCAGCACCUGGGGAUCCUAUUACGAUGCCCACCGAGCAUUCCACUGGAAAUUCUCCGCAACCGAGAUCCCCUCUGGAUAACUCCUCCCUUUGGGGGAAAUCCCCUCCUGAUAACUCCUCUGGACUAGGGAAAUCCCCACAAGAUAACUCUUACGGACAGGGUAAAUUCCCUCCAGAUGCUACCUGUUAUAAAGGAAAUGAAGAAGAAAGGAAAACACCUGACAGUGCCAAGACAUCAAAUUCAAAGGACUUUGUCAGUGCAAGAAUGGACAGCAAUCGUUCUAACCCAAACACCCCCAUGAAGGGAUUUGGUGUAGCAAAGCCCAUGAUUGGAGUAGCUACUCCAAGAAAGCCAGUAGUAGCCAAGGUUCCUCCUAUGCAAUCUUUUGAUAAACCAAGCAGUGAGAAGGAAGAGACAGUUGUAAAACAAGUAGUCAGAGACAUUGAUUCUGAAUGUACCGAGGUCAAACAAACAUCUACACCUAGUAUAGGGAACGGAAAUUCAGACUUAGAAAAAGUUGUUCCAAAACAUUUUGAUGAUGACUCAGAAGACACUUUGGUAAAAAAAAUAGCCCCUAUGUUACACAUCAAGCCAGAGGUUGUAAGUAUGGAGAAGCAGGGUUGUAGUGAGCCAAGCAGGGUUAUGGGUAAAAGCCCAUCUGUAGAAGCACCUGCUACAUCCAUGAAGACUUACUAUGAGAAUGAUGUUGUAGAAGACGGGGAUCAGUCGGACAAUGACCAGAAGCGGGACAGUGGUGGGUUUGUGGAGGUGAAGAAAGAAGAUCUAGCAUUCUAUGUUGAUGCAGAAAGCAUGGGCACUGAUGUGGAUAGUGGCAUGUUGACAAAGGAUGAAAAAGGGUUGGAAUGUGUAAAGCAUGCCCUCAACCUUGGCUACUCUGAGAAAAAAAUCAAACAAGCUUUACUCAAACUACGAGUCAAAGGUAAAGUGGACAUAAACCUCUUGCUGGACGAGAUGGUUGACACCAGUGACACAGCCUCACCCCCAACUAACACAAACCCAGUUUCCAAGUUUGAGAUCUCAGGAACAGGUAGCACCAAGACAAACGACAGCAAUUCUCGGCAGAAACCCAGCCUAUUGCAGCGCUUCUUCAACUUCAAAAAUUAAAGUUGAGUGUGAGAAAUAAGUACAUGGAUAAUGAGUGGAAGUGUCUUCUUGUCUGUACAUGUGUCUGUCAGUGCUAGGCCAAUCUGCCAAUCAUUGUCUGUGAUAAUCUAGUGCUACUGAGAUCACGAUGUCUUCGUAUAAUUAUUUGACGAGGUCUGAUAAAUUCUCCAAAAGGAAAGACACAAGUAAAACUUGAAGGAAUGUCUUGAUGCAGCUGCGUUGUCAGAAAUUGAUGAAAAUAAGUACCGGUAAUGCUGCUUCAAGAUGGAGAAAAUAAGUACCAGUAAUGCUGCUUCAAGAUGGAGAAAAUAAGUACCGGUAAUACUGCUUCAAGAUCGAGAACCAGUUUUUGAGUUAGGAUAAACACAAACUGAUACAGAAAUCCUUGACGUCUCUCAGAGAUAAACUUAUUUUGUUGAUGUAUCUAUUUUAUUUGAAGAAUAUGUAAAUUGAAUUGAUAUUUGGUAUACUGUAUUGGUUCACUGUUUUAGUUAUGGUGCAGUCGUGGCAUUUGAUUUUGAGAGUAAUGUUAUUGAACGAAGCACCAUGCUUGAAUUUCUUUGUUUUCAUGUUUUCCACAUAGUGGAAUUGUCAAUGACUAAGGUAAAUAAUAUAUUAUAGAAAGAAAUAAAAAUAAAACCACAAAA